AUGACUCCUGGUGAAUUCAAUACUAACUUAUUACAGAAUUACAACGUUACUAAUGAAGGAAUAGUACACAUAUACUUUUCAAGAUACGGUACAGUCAUAUUGAAACAAGACAUGUCUUUUUACUGGUAUGAUCUCGUAAGUGAUCUCGGCGGUAUAUGCGGCGUCUUCAUUGGCUUUAGUUUCAUCACUAUAGUGGAACUUCUGUACUUCUUUGUGCUCAUGUUUAGCGAUUUGUUCUGUAAAAAAUCGGCCUUACAGGAAAAUGAUGAUCGCAAGACUGAAAUCCCAUCAGAUCAAACUCAAACCACAGGGGCAAUAUAUUGGAACGAACUGCAACCGCGAUCCUGGCAAUUGACGAAAUACGGCAAAUUCUCUACUAACCGAGUCAGAUAUUGA